UCAUCACGAAUCAAGUCAGAUCAUGAAGAACAAUGCAAUGCAGUAUCUUUGCCACGCCCUUGCUGAUUGUCAAGCUGAUCAAAGAUGUCUUGUAAGAAGACUUUGUGGUGGGAGUUCCACAUUUCCAGGCUCUUUUUCUGCCACCACAACUGGAAAGCAUUUGCUUACACUCCUUGGCUCCCGCAAAACCCACAUAUCCAGUGGAUUUUCAUAGUCUACAAAUGGCUCAUGGCUCUCUUCUUCUCUUCACAUUAUUGCUGGGCGCUCAUAAGGAACAAGGAGUACUUUUAUAUUUAUCUGACCGAUUGGGGCCUGACCUUGCUCACCCUUUACUUUAUAUGGAGCAGUAUCAGUGUCACUGUCCGUUUUAUGCAACAGAACUGCCCUCCUUGUUAUGAUUGCCCAAGAGAUGAAGGAUUGAUAGAUAUGGAGUGUGAGCUAAGCCCAAGGCCUACUGGAUGCUGUGGAAAAGCUCACAACUCUCUCCAAUGGUACGAGAUUGUUAAUUGGUUCCUUUUUGUCAUAGGUGCCGAGCUUGCUGUAUCGAUAACGUUCCUUUACUGGCCUUUGUUUUCCAACUUGGGCAAGGAAGAGUUGUUCAGUUACUUAAACAUUGUGAUGCAUCUUCUCAAUGGAGUGGCUGCCCUACUGGACUUAUGGAUCAGUAGAAUCCCAGUACGUAUCUACCAUUUCAUCUAUUUGAUGAUCAUCUCUGUCACUUAUACCACUUUCUCUGGCGUCUACUUUGCUAUUGGUGGAACAGAUGGUCAUAAUCACACUUAUAUCUAUCCACAACUAGAUUAUGGGAGCUCACCUGGUCCUGCUUCAGCCCUUGCUGUUGGAGGUGCAUUGGUCUAUGCCCCUUUCAUUCAUCUCUUCUUUUACUGCAAUUAUCUCUGCAGAGAAGGUCUGCUCUAUUGCAUACGCUAUUGUAAGAUUAAAAUUGAUCAGAGGAAAGGUUACACUGUCAUGAUUGAUGGCUCUAAUAUUAUCAGUGAGGACAGUGAAGAGAAUGCUAAUGUUGUUUGAUUUUUGAAAGCUGACAGCUGUUUUAAUUUGAUGCUUAGUCUACUUGUGAAUUUUUAUUUUAAAAAUUUAUUUUUAAAUAUUAAAA